CCUUUCGUCCGAUGGAAGACAUACAACACCAGCAACCGCCGUUAAGGCCAUCCUUUCCCCCUGCGAACAAGUGGCUUCAGGAUGCUGACGGUGAAGGAACACCACCACCCCAGCAUGCCAACGACGGCGGAUCGUUCGGACAGGACAGUGGCUACAGUUCCUAUCAGGCCACCACUCCGAACAAUACGUUUAAUCUGUCCUCGCGGCAUGGAGCUUCCGGGACGCUGGCUACCAUUAACGAGGCAAAUGAGACUGAUUGCAGCCUGAACGAUAGUAGCACUGGCUUGAGUGCGGUCAAUCUUACUCCAAGAACGACCGCCAGUAUGGAGAUGUUUUCGAACUUUCAUCUGAACACUCCGAAAACUGAUGAUCGACCGUAUCGCGCUCGUCGUCCGUUCGCGUGCGAUUACGAUAGAUCCAGCGGUGACGGUUGUUCCUCAUCAUUCCUUCCACCUUCCACACCGGAACGUUUGCCCCGAUUGUGUCGAUCAUUGUCCGCUUCGUCGCAGGAAACACCACUUCGAACCGGAAAUCGAUCCGCCAACAUCCCGACUCAGCUGACGCCACACAAAACCAAAAAUGGUGGAACGCAUCCGUUGAAGCGCAAACUUUCCUCCUUCCGGGAGAAACUUUACUCCGACGGGGAUGUCGUGCUGGGGGAUGAAAAUCAAUCGCGCGAUCUGAACGAUUCGAUCGAUGUGGACUGUCGCCGGCUGGAAGAAAUAUCACCUAUCCCAAACGUAAAGCGCCGCAAGCAGUAUGACCGUGGCAUUGAGGAUCUGAUGCGCUCCAGCACACCGAAAACGGCCAGCUCGCAGCCAUCGUUUCUACAGCUGGAUACGAUCGAAAAUCAGCCCACCGGCAGGAAGACGCUCCGGAAGUUUCAGAGCUUCAGUCCGAGCAAAAUUCAAUCCGCCGCACGGCCACUGCUCCGCUCGAGACCAUUCCGCCCCGUGGAACGUACGCCGGAUAAGAAGCGAGAGCACCGUGUGUUGGCAGAAAUUGGGCUGAACUCGGCAACGGAAACUUCGGCAUCAGCAGUAGCGGAAACAUUGCCGGUAGGCUUUGCUGCCCUAAUCGAUGCACCGAUGCUGGAUGAUCCAUCCAAGCAGCUCGAACAAACGGUCACGAACGUCCUGUCGCCAGACGACUUCAGUCUCACUCCGUCCAAAGCGAACCUGAUCGAUCCGGAACUGUUGCAAACGUCCGGCCAAGAUGUAUCCUUUGCUAGGGAUGAUUAUGUUGCUCGCCAUGUGCCGAAUUACUCGUACGCUCCUACGCUGAAUUCCAUCUCAGAAGAGUCCCCCAUCAAGGCGCACAUUAUUGCCGAAAAACCCCGGCUACCGAAAACUCCACCGUACGUCUCGAAGUCUGGCCGAAAGCUUAGGCGUCUCGGUACGAACGGAACCAGCUCAUCGGUUUCGUGCACUCCCAGUCCAGCACGGAGCGUGCGUUCCCUUUCGCGCCCGAGCGUUCGUGCAUCCGUUUCGCCCAAGGUGCGCCGUUCGCACGUUGCACAGCCGAACCAAAGCCAGAAGGGUUCGAAACGGUACAGUUACUGUGGGUUCGAGUACGUGAACAUUCUGCACCAGCUGAACAAGUACGAUCGGGACGCGCUGGGAGUAUUGCUGGAAUAUCUAGCCGAUACGGAUCUGGUGCAGGUGGUGCGUGUGUCCCCGGGAUGGCGCACCAUCAUACAAAACCACAAAAAGUGUUGGGCACGGCUACAGCGCUACCUUAAGCAACAGGAGCAGCAUAAGGAGAACAUGCUUGUUAGCAACAGCCUCCGCCAUUCGGUACAUGACUCAGAGCUAACAACGCAUGGAGCAUGUAGCUCGAAACUAAGUUCCGAACUGAAUGGAACGUACCCUGAGGAUAAUGGUGUGCUGGAGGGAGCAGUCCCGGCAUCAACGAUCGAUGCCAGCGUACCGAAACGGAAACCGUUUAAGGUGUGUAACUAUCUAGACAAAAGUCAUCUCAGCAGCGUCGGCAAUCUGUCGUUUGGGAAUGUAUCCGGAACGCAGUUGAGCCAUCGCCGUUCGUCGGUUGUGUCUGGCGGAGGAUCGAGUAGUGCCAACGUGACGCAAUCGCCAGUUAUUAGUCCAUCGAUGAAAAAGUUUAUCGCCAAUCAGAAGAUUGCAACCCAUCUAAAACAGUCGGAACAAUUACGGCCCUGUCCCCGCUGCGAGCAACCAAGCCGAAUCAUAUUUUCAAAGGCAUCGAAAUCUGCCGCCAACAAAUCUCGCCCAUCGGCUCGUUCCAGUGCUGUGGGAGCACGGUUGGAAAAGUCCUACACGUUACCUGAUCCAGACACUACGUCCUAUCUUAGCAAAGACCAAAAUACUCAUUCCUCUACAAUAGAUACAGUGCGAUCAUGCACUGGCGUUCGCAAUAACAACGAAUAUCCUCAACUAUCUCCAGACCGCGUACGGAAGAAUCUGUUCAACGACAGCACUGCAAGCGAAACACCAACGUCCAACCUACCGUUUGCUGCUCAGCAACGUAUGAAGCUGCGUAGUGCAGUGAUGAAAAGCUUUGACUGUUCAUCAUCGCUGGCUAACGGGUCAGACGCCACCGUGGAUCAGCUCGGUGUGCGUGAUUCCAAGUGCGAUUAUGCGAUCUGUAGCGGCCAGGGCUGUGGGUUCAAGUUUUGCAUCAAGUGUCUGUGCGAGUAUCACCCGAACACGGUCUGUGCCGAUCUGGCCACUAACUCGCCUACCAAAGAGGAGGAGCGUGGUCGACCGAAUGUGGCAUGCAGUCGGCAGAGUCGCCGUUCGUUGCAGCGUCUGUGCAGGAAGCUGUAGGUUGGC